AUGUCGUCAGGGCAAACUCAAGAAGCCCGCGCAUGGAGGGGGCGACAGGCGAUGAUGCGACAACAGGAGCAAAACAUGUCGCAUGGAAUAGUACGAAUUGCCCUUGCCAUGGCCCAACGCCAAUUCGACGAGCUACAGCGAAUGACACCAGAGCAGCGGCGUGCGGGCAAUCGUAUGGGCGCCUCCUACGAUGAUAUUCCCAUCAAUGAGCCCAACGAUUUGAUGCUUUUCAACAGCUAUGCUUUCUCACAGCUCGAUUUUGCCCAAUUCAGCAGGGCCUGUCGAGAAGGUGAUAUGUCUACUGUCGAGUCCAUUGUUACCUCUCAAUCUCGCACGCCAGCCUUCCUCCACGAAGGUCUUUUCAACGCCUUGGGUAGCGGUAAUGUUGAUGUUGCGCGCUAUCUACUUGAUUCUGGAGCACCAAUCACAAAAAGAACUCCAUCGUGGGCUUUGGCCGCUCCACAGGGCCAGCAAAAACCCUUAUUCGAAUUGUUUCUGCAGCACGGCUGGAGCGUGAACACGCCUGGCUUCUACGGAGCUGUCCUUCUACCAUCCGUUAUCCGCGCCGGCAACGAUGCUCUUCUUGACUGGUUUCUUGAGAAUGGUGCAGAUCCGAAUCUUGGCAAACAACAGGACAAUCGCGACCGUUUUGGCGGACCUGAAACGAAUUCAUGCCAGGCACUCGAGACUGCAGCAGAGAUAAGCACCGUCGAAACGGUGCAGAAGCUCCUCAACGCUAGUGCUAAAAUUGACAACGGAGCACCAUUGUAUCAUGCAGCGGGCGCCUGUCCGCCAGGAUCAAAUCCUCACGCCGGACUUAUAACACCAAGCAAAGAAUUUGACGAGGCGAGGAUUUCUGCCAUGGAAUUGCUGGUGAAGAACGGUGCGCGGGUGAACGAUAAGUUAAUCUCACGCCAUAUGACGGCGCAGUAUCCAAUUGUCAAUGCUGUCAUGGCGGGCGCUAUUGAAAGAGUAAAAUGGCUGUUGAGUGAAGGCGCAGAUCCAGAUAUGAAGGGACAGUUUGGCAGUGCUCGCGAUUAUGCUAGAAAGGUUUCUAGUGAUGACAUGAAGCGCGUGCUACAGGUGCUUUGAGGAACCAGGAUGGCUUGAACUACUGGGUAUCGUGCUUGACAUUUAGACGCAGAAACUUCAGAGAAUGAAACGAUUGUUUGAGAUUGAAGUUGAGUUCAUACUAUAGUCUGGCGAUUUACGGAAUUGGCUCGACACUAUUGUGACCUCGCGUGAUUGCCAGCCCUAUAACAAGACGCAGGGUCUGACAGAAAGCAAGGGCAUGGCAUGAGUGUAUAACGGAUCAAUCGGAGAGUUAGGUACCGGUGGGCGUCAGUGCAAAGUAAUGGAGGCUGUUUAGGACUGUUCUUCCA